AGUGCUGGAGGACAGGCAGGACUGGGAGGGUGGAGGCGGAUUCAGAUGAGCUGGAGACAGCAGAGCUGUAAGAUCGAGCCCUGGCUGAGCUGGAGGAUUAUAUCUGCACAGAAGGAGGAUUUCAGUUUUCAUGACACAGGGACACAACCCCCCUGGAGUAAAUGUUUGGGGAGGGAACAUCCCUUGAAGACCCCGCUGCACAAGUUGCAGCCAGCAAUGAAUGAGCCCUCUGGACUUUGCAUGUGUUGUAUAGCAGCACAGUGAUGCUAGUUGGCAGAAGGGGACUUUGAUCCUGAUCCGGCACCCUUCGCUGUAUACAACCAUCUAUAUAUUUUUGAACCACCUGCCAUGGCCAAGCAUGCCCAGGGAGGGUCUGCGGAGGAGCUCAACAAGAUCUCAGAUGAGGAGCUGCUGAGGUGGAACAAGGAGGACCUCAUCAAGAGGCUGAGGAAAGUGGAGACUGAGAAGAUGAACCUGAUGGUUGAGCAUGGCAAUCUGAUGAAGGACGUGAACAGGAGGCUGCAGCUCCACCUGCAUGAGAUCAGGGGCUUGAAGGAGGUCAACCAGAAACUUCAGGAUGACAACCAGGAGCUCAGGGAACUCUGCUGCUUCCUGGACGACGACCGGCAGAAGGGCAAGAAGCUGUCCAGGGAAUGGCAAAGGUUUGGUAGGCACACAGCCAGCGUGAUGUGGAAGGAGAUGGGGGCUUACCAGCAAAAGCUGAAGGAGCUAGAGGCCAAGCAGGAGGCUCUCUUGAGGGACAACCUGGAGCUGAAGGAGAUAGUUCUCAUGCUGGACGAAGAAAGGAAUGGAGCAGGUUCUAGGAGUUCCAUAGACAGCCAGACCAGCCUCACCAACCUCAAUGGGGGUUCUGGUACCAGGGAUGUAGGCGAUGGCAGCAGUACCUCCAGCACCGGCAGCGCAGGGAGUCCUGACCACCACCACCACCACCAUCACCAUAAACCGGUGGAGAACAGUAAGUCUGGGGCCAUCAGGAGAUCCGCAGAUGACCUUUCCACCCUACCCCACCACAGGAGUAUUCCCAAUGGACUCAAUGAUUCAUCGUCCACUUAUAUCCGACAGCUCGAGACCAAAGUGAAACUCUUGGAGGACGACAAUAAACUCCUGUCACAGCAUUCCAGCCACAAUGACUUGAGGAGUUUACGGAAAGGAUUAUCGCCGUACCACUCAGAAUCCCAGCUGUCAUCGCUCACACCGUACCAGGAAAACGGUCCGGCACGGUUACCAUCAGACAUCUCAUCCACUCCCCCUACUGGUUACAUCUCAGGGGUGCAAAAACCAGAAGCGGUAGUUCAUGCGAUGAAGGUGCUAGAAGUGCAUGAAAAUUUGGACAGGCAGGUAGCGGACAGCUAUGAGGAGGACCUCAGCGAGAAGGAGAAGGCGAUUGUCCGAGAAAUGUGCAACGUGGUAUGGAGAAAACUGGGGGAUGCCGCCAAUUCCAAACCUUCAAUCAGGCAACAUCUGUCCGGAAAUCAGUUCAAAGGACCUUUGUAGAACAAAAUCUCCGUACUCUUCCCUUAGAGGAAGAAUUUGUCCAAGGCACUUGUAUUAAUGAACUCUGUAUACUGUGACUUGAGGUCGUUAGAUAAGCUGGAGACACAAUAGAGUGUACAUACGUCUGCUGAUUUUACUGGACCCUUUAUUUUGUAUUCUAUAUCACUUGUACAUAUGGUAGAUAAAAAAAAAGAGGGGGGGGGUAUAAAACCACUAAGUGUCUCCUUCUCACACAAACGUCAUCCUAUAGAUCACUGUUCUGAAGUUAAGAUGGUGGGGGCCUUGGAGGUCUUUGGCUCUUUACCUGCUGGACUACAAUGUUAAGCCUGACCAAACAGCCGUCGCUUGGGCCCCACCUCACCUUAGACCAACCAAUGAAUUUUUGUGCGAAUAUUACUUCUGUAUGACCAUUCUGACCUUUUAAUGAGGCAAAUUGGCUACACACUGGAUACCCCACCCCCGGAAAACCACACAAAGAAUUUUGAUUAUUUUAUUUAAUAGCGUCGGAACAAAAAAAUAAAAUAAAACAAAAUCGGGAUAUUUUUGUAUAGAAUAAGAAGCGUAGCUUCAAGAAUUCUGGGAUUGUUUUUCCAACCCUUUGUGUUUUGUGCACUUUCUCCAGAACAGAGCAUUGCCGGUAUAGGUUUUAUUUGAAGGAAAUCUGGGAACAAAAAAAAAUCUUUACAAGGACUUUGUAGUUUUUUUUUUGGUAAAGACCAAAAUACUUUUUUUGUUGUAUUUUUUCCUCCAAAGUGCUGUAUAUAAAGUGGAUGGAUUUCUAUUUUGUUACACUGUAUUAGAUUCCGUAGAAGUUGACAGAGAAAAUAUAUUCCUUUUAUGCCGGUAUAUUAAAAACUCUGUAUACAUGAGCAUUGAUUUUUCUUCAAA